UGUAAACUUAAAAAUAUGUAAUUAUUCUUAUGAAAAGAAUAAAUUUAUUCGAUAUAUCAGUAGUGAACGAUCAAGAUUUUUAUUCAAAAUAUGUCAAUUUAUUGGAGUGUAAAUAAUAUUCCGUUGUUUGUUGCCAAAACUCGAGACACGUGUGAUUUGUGUGAACAUACUUGACAUCUGACUUUAUUGCGCAUGCACAAUUGCACAUCAUUUGCCCUAACUCCAAAUCAUACCAAGAAGAUAUUUCUUCAUUUAUAUCAUCCGGAAGUUUAUUUUAAAAUCUUUAGCAAUUGUUGGUUAUAAUGAAUUAACAUACACAAAAUAAACUAUUCAAUUAUCUCGUGACAAUCCGACACCAAUUAUGCUUCAUUAAUUAUAUUCAUGUGUUUAAUAAUCAACUCGAAGCUCCAAAGCAUGAAUUAACAUGAAGCAACAACAAUUAUCUAAACCUUCAAAAUUUGAUUAAACAAAUAUUUAAAAAUGCAGUAGACAUCAGCUAAUGUCUAUUUUUCAUUGUAUGUAUGAAUUUGCACAUGAACAGUGACUACAGUGUCGUUGGACACAGUCUCUACAUAGUAUACAGCAUUAUAUAAAUGUACAACAUUGGCCAGGGAUGGAGAGGUAGAAGAGGAGAUCAUCGACAUGCUCGUAAGCGCGGUGUGCGCGUUAGAUAAAUGUUAACCGCGGUGAACAAAUGAUCGCGGGUUGACAGUUGCUCCACAUUACAAAACACGAGUGUUUUUGUGCUUGUAAUAUUUUAUUUACAACAUUAUAGACUAAUUUGCAUGAAAACAUUGUGUAUAAUCAAGUGUUUUUAAGUUAUUGGUUAUAUUCAGCAAAGUUGUGUUGACGAAUUGAGUACGUACCUGCAUAGUACUAUCUGCACUGCAGAAAAUUAACUUCUCGUCGUUUAAGAGUUGCUGGACAUCUCGUUACUGACACGAAACAAACGCUAUAAAACAUGUCUACUCAUUUACUUACGCAUGUUGAUCCUUUCAGUGAGACUCCAUUAGAAACGGAAUCGAUUGAAGAUAUACUAAAAGAAAAUGGCAUGGACAUUACUGAAGAAAUACUGGAUCAAGAAUAUGCUCAACCUCUGACUCCGGAAGAAGUCAGAUGGUUUUAUAAAGACGGCGUUGAUAAGAGAUGGGUCGAGUUUUGUGGAUACGAUAGUUUAAGAAUUGAAAAUGCUUGGAGGCGAAGAGAAGCCCAGGAAAUCAACCAGACGAAUGAAAAUUCAAUGCUUUCCGAAAGAGUUGUAGUCAAAGGUGGAAUGUAUGACGUUGAAUUAGAUAAAAUGAAAUGUAUGUCAAUCUAUUGGCCAGGAGAAGAAUGGGAGAUAAUGCGGGCGACUUGGUAUUAUGAAGCGAGUUGGAUCCCUCUUGAAAUGGAACACUCAAGGGUGAUCGAAGAAGCUCAUCUCCGGCUUUUCGAACGACAAACAAAUUCCUCAGAGUCAACGCCAGAGGAAACAUCUACCUCACAUUCUUAUAAAGUUUUACAUACCGUACACUUUCCAGAAUUUCACGUUGAUUGGCAUGCCAUUAACGAUGUCGCGCUUUAUAGUGAAUAUACUCCAAGUAAAUUAAUGCGUAGCGUGACAUCUAAAUUAGGAUUUACGAAAACAAGUGGUUAUCGUCUGAAACGCGGCUACAAGUGUCUUGCGACGAUGGAUGAUAAGCCUCAUGAUAUUGACCACUUGGUUCUUGUUGUACAUGGAAUAGGUCAAAAACGUGAUACGGGAAAGAUUAUUCGAAAUACUGCAUCAUUUCGAGACUGUGUUGACUGGUGUAAACAAAAAUAUUUUCCAAGCUCACAAUUCCGAGUGGAAUUUUUCCCAGUUGAAUGGAGAUCUUCAUUGAAGCUUGAUGGAGAUAUUGUUGAUGCUAUUACUCCAUAUAGUGUGAUGAGUAUAAGACAUCUUUUGAAUACUUCAGCAAUGGAUAUUCUUUAUUAUACAAGUCCAUUAUACGGGGGAGAAGUACGUGCAGGAUUGCAACGAGAGCUCAACCGUCUAUAUUUUAUGUUUACAACUCGUCAUCCAGGGUGGAAAGGAAAAGUAUCGAUUCUCGCACAUUCUUUAGGUUGUGUUAUUGUUUAUGAUAUUGUUACUGGAUGGAUGGGACCUGAUACAAGACCUCCAUCACCAGCAGCACCAGAUAUUUCUUUGACAGAUGGCCUAAAAUUCACCAUUGAGAAUCUAUUUUGUUUAGGCUCGCCAUUAUCAGUAUUUCUAGCGUUACGAACACGCACACCUUCUAAUAAAUUUGACAUUAUGCCUCCAGGCCUAUGUAAAAGGUUUUUUAAUAUUUUUCAUUGGUCUGACCCCGUGGCCUAUCGCAUGGAGCCUCUUUUAGUAAGAAAUUAUAGUAAAAUAGAACCUGUUCUUAUAUUGCCCUAUGGUGGAGUUGAUGGUCAACAAAUUGAACAACCUCCAGCAUUGAAUAAUGGUGAUCCAAAUAUUACUACACCAGAGAAUGAAGAAAAAGAAGCUGAAAGUCCAACUGACACUGCUAACCGCAACGAAAAGGGUUGGAGUUUGUGGGGUUUAGUUAGAGGUGGUUGGAAUACGAAAGAAGGACCAUCAUCGCCAACUCCUGAUGCAAAUAUAAUAAGACCGGAUGAAGAACUGGAACAGCGAUUGGAUUAUGUCUUACGACCUGGUGGAUUAGGUCGUAAUUAUUUGUACACAGUAACGGCUCACACAGCAUAUUGGAAUAAUUAUGAUGUCGCCUACUUCGUGUUAACUAGAUUAUUUCCUAAUUUAGAAAUUUGAUGUUGGAGCAAGCUUUAAGCAUCUAAACGGUUAAUUCUUAUUGGAUUGCCAUGUGCGUUUACUAGUCUUAAAAAUAAUUCAAUAAGUCUAAUUGUAUUUGGUGCUCUACAAUUAGACCGUUUACCAAAAAAGAGCAAAAAAUUUAGGAAAAAUUAUGUAGAUUUAUAUAUUUACUGAAAACCAACUGUGAUAUCAGCAAAAUGAUACAAUAAGACAAUUUACCAUGUAAGUAAAUGUUUUUUGCAUAAUUUUCAUAUUUAAGAAAUUACAUAGAUCACGAAAAAAAAAAAAUUGUAUUCAAUUUACAAAUGUGCAAUGCAUUUUUAUAUUUCAUA